CCGCUCUCAGGGUGUAGUCACGCCUCCGUAAGAGCCUGAAACUGGCGGCGCAUCGCUAAAACCCGACACCCGGCUGCUGCUUCUGACAGCUCUGUGGGAAUUUGAAGCGUGUUAAACUUCUUUCUCGGCAGCCAGGCUGCAUUCUGGACCCAAAUCACCAUGUCUUCUAACUCCAACUUGACGAGCAUGCGGAGGACCGUCGAGCAGCUGCAGCUGGAGGCCAGCGUGGAGCGGAUUAAAGUGUCUCAGGCUGCAGCUGAGCUCCAGCAGUAUUGCCUUCAGAAUGCCAGCAAAGAUGCCCUCCUGGUUGGGGUGCCAACGGGCAGUAAUCCCUUCCGAGAGCCACGCUCGUGUUCCAUCUUCUAAACACAAGGAAUCGAGGUGAUGGACUUCUGGACCUUUACCAUUAUACAAACAUGGAGUUUGAGCUUUUCCUUUUUUAUCACAACUUUCUAUUUAUUGAUAAGUUCCCAACUCACUUUGAGGAAUACGCUUCAACCGGUUUUACUAUGUUUGUGUGAUUUUAUGUGAUUUUCGAGAAACAUGUGGAAAUCUGACUCUAUCUUGUGCUCAUGUCCGGUGAUUCAGGGUUUGUCAUGAUUCUGGUCUUAAUAUAUUUUUUUCUGUGGACACUGCUGAAGGAAAACUGUGGCCAAAAACCAAAACAGUAAUAAAGGUAGUUGAUCAGCCACGACAUGUUUUGGGUCAAACGAUUGCUUCUUUAGUUUUGCACUGGAGCUGUGAGGCUAACGAGUAAUCUCUAACCACACUGUUAUCUUUUAAAAUGGACCACAUAUUGCUGAAAACAGUAGCAGCAGCCAUCAUCAUCAUUUUUUCUGAAAUUAAAUAGUAAGUUUCAAAAUGUACUGUUCAUUCUUCAGUCCAUAUAGUCGAUAUACGGAAAAUAAGCUGCAGUUCUUUUGCUUUCAUUCAUCUUACAGCAUCUUAGCUCUGCCCAUUUAUGCUGAAGUUAUAAGCAGUGUUUCAGCCUGGAUUGCUUUUUGAAUAACGCUCAACACCGAAAAAGAACAAUACAGAACAACAUUUACAUAUAUCAGCUUUACAAGCACAGUAACAAAAGCUUUAUGCAUUGAAACUUUCAUGUGGUAAGUUGUACGCAGCAUAACUUCCACGCAACUUAACAGAUAUAAAAAACAAUUUAAAACAACGUUACAUCCAACGCAUUUGACAACUUCACUAGUUGGACAGAUCAGCUCAUUUUGAUACACCAUAGCGACCUCGCUGUAAAGUCAUUUGCAGGAUAUAAUUUACAUAUUUGCAUAUUUUUCCAGCUGUAUAGAACCUUGUUUGUUGUCAUUGCUCAAAACUGACAAAACUGAGUCUUCUUUUCAACAGCCCAAUAAACCGUCUUCUAUGCGUUAAUGCGGUUAAAACAGGUGUUUGAUGUGAUCAUGUGAUACGUAGUGUUUUGUGCUGUUUCAUGAAACUUGUUUUGUUAAGACGUUUGCAACUGUUGCAGCUGAGUUUCAGGUGAGUUGCAGGCUGCUUUACAUUAUGCAACGCAAGUGCAAUUUAGUUUCAUGUACGUUUGAAGCAACCAAAGUUGCAUGAAAGUUUUUGCAUGUUAGGCCAGGCUAAAGCAUACAGAAAGGUUGGGAAAAGGUCAUGUAAAAGUAAAUCAUGACUGUUUUUAGAACAUAAAACCCCCGCACAUAUAAUGGCACCUCAAUAAAAAAAGGAAAUGUUUUAAUUUUGCCUGUACAUUGUACACAACUAAAGGAGCAAACUUCAGACAGCAAAUGCAUCUUGGCUGUGCGACUGCAUUUGUGAUAAGUGGAAAAUUGUGAGCAACUGAUAUAUUGCUGACCUAUUCCUUUAAGAUGUCAUUUCUCAGGAUGUAUUCAUUGUAACAAGAAAUUGCCAAGACACAAAACCAACAGAAUGUAAUGAAAAUUAGCUUGAAGUCCAUGAAUUGAUGAUUAAUUUCUGAGAAUGAGUGGACAUCUGUACUCCUUAGCAGUCCAGAUGAUUUUUCCAUGUGGAAGAUGGAAGAGGGGAGGCAUUUCUGCUCUGGACAAAAGCUGAUCAUACAUAAACCAAAUACCUUUACAUCAUUUAAGCUGUAGAUGCGGAAAAACAAACAUGUUAAUAAAACUGAAAAUGGUCUCAUUUCCCA